CGUGUUAUGACUCUUCAGAAGCAGAGAAUAUACUCGCAUACACACAUACACACCACCACCACCACCACCACACACACACACACUCAUUCACUCACACACUCGCUCAUCAAGCUUCAGGUCCUGCUGUUGACUUGAGAGACCGUCCCCUCUUCCCUUCUCCUGUCUCUGCAAGCAAAAUGCCUCGUUCUUUUCUGGUCAAGAGCAAGAGAGUGUGGUCUCAUUCAUCACGCCCCGCCCACUCACCCAGCCACUCCCACUCACCUGGCCACACCCACACCCACGCCUGCCACUCUGAUGGACAACUCGGAGGCCUGCACGGCUCCAGCGGGAGCAGCUCACCUGGAGCUCUACAGCUCAGCCCAAAACUGGCAUCGACUCCCGGUUACCACACCUCCCACUGGGUUUCCAUGGAAACCAGCCAGAACUCCGCCUUCCAGACUGAGAACUGGGGGUUUUGGAGAACAGAUGAUCAGACAGGUGAUGGUGAGCGCCCCCUGGUGUCCAGCUCAGCCUGGUCUCCUCACAGUGAUUCUCUGAGCUCUCACAGGGAGCAGGAACUGGAGCGACUGGUGCAGGUGCUGCUGAGCCACAGACUGCAGGACAACACCAACUCUCCACUGUGUGAAUGUCCACUGUGUGAGAAGGUGCUGUCAUCAGCUGUGGGUUUGGUAACUCACUUACGCAGGACUCACAUCAACAGAGUCAGCGUUCCACUGGGCGAGUCGAGUUUCAGCACACAGCACCAUGGCCUUCGACCCCCUACUGGCUUCUACGGCAGAGCUAAAGAGCGCAGUUUUGUCUGUAAGGUGUGUGGGAAGGUGUUUAAACGCUCCUCGACUCUCUCCACUCACCUGCUGAUCCACUCAGACACUCGGCCGUAUCCCUGUCAGUACUGCGGCAAGAGAUUCCACCAGAAAUCUGACAUGAAGAAACACACCUUCAUACACACUGGUGAGAAGCCGCAUGUGUGUGUAGUUUGUGGAAAGGCGUUCAGUCAGAGCUCGAACCUGAUCACUCACAGCCGCAAGCACAGCAGCUACAGGCCGUUCCGCUGCCUGCACUGCCCCUUAGGCUUCCAGAGGAAACUGGACCUCCAGCGCCACCUGGAGACGCACUGCAGCAGUAACAGCAGCACGGCCUUCACGAGCAGCCUGAGUUAAUUGUACAGAGAUCAUACACACA